AUGGGUCAUCACUAUUGCUGCAAAGAGCGAAAGGUUAAGAAGGGCCUUUGGUCGCCUGAGGAAGAUGAAAAGCUGCUGAGGUAUAUCACUGCCUAUGGCCAUGGCUGUUGGAGAAAAGUCCCAGAGGAAGCUGGGCUACAAAGGUGUGGUAAGAGUUGUAGACUGAGAUGGCUCAAUUACUUGCGACCUGAUAUCAAAAGAGGAGGGUUUACACCAGAUGAAGAGAAUUUGAUUAUCAAACUUCAUGGGGUUGUAGGGAACAGAUGGGCGCAUAUCGCAAAGUGUCUUCCAGGAAGAACUGACAAUGAGAUAAAGAACUACUGGAAUUCAUGGAUAAAGAAGAAGUUAGAGAGGCCUUCUUCUCCAAUAACCACAUCCGCCGAUCAUUUCCAUCAAUAUUCCCAAAUGGCGUGUCUUAAUCCAAACAACAAAGAUAACUUUGUGAUUCAAACUUUCAUUGCAAGGCCGUCUGCGUAUCCCCCAUUUAUGUUUGAGGAAACUUCACCUGAUGAAGGUACUACUCAUGCACCCAAGAUUAACAUUAGUGAACAAGAAGAUCAGCAUUUCCCACUCAACGUGAACUCGAACAAUCUCGGGGCAUGGAUUUUGGAUCAGUGUAAUGUUGAAGCCCUUCCUUCUGUAUCACCAUUUGCAAACAUGGAUGCAAAUCUAUUAAUCCCAUCCCUCAUAGGAAGUACUACUGAUAUUAAUGCAGACAUGAUUGAAGCGGAAUCGUGUAGCAACAUUGAAGAAGAGGGUGAUAUUUCAAUUGGGUGCCUGCAGAAGCAUCAGGAUUUGAAUGCAGUAGUGGUCCAUUCACGGCAACAGCAACCAUGUUCGAACUUCCAAUAUUGGGAUGCAAUCGAUGUGCCAUCUUCAUCCAAUAAGGGAGCUAAUAAUUAUAAGAUGAUCGAAUCAUCUCUCCCAUCCCACAUAGGAGAACUAAAUGAUGGCUAA